GUCAGCUGACUCUGCGCGUGACACACGACUCUCCUCAUUUCCUAUUUGUGCAGAUCCGCGCGGGCCGGGAGUGUUUUGAGGCCCUAUUUGAUGUCAGUGAUUGUGUCCAGGCUGGUCGCUCAGGAUGCCAUCUAAUAAGAGCGUUUCAAAUGCUCCAAUCACUCAGUUUAUCAACUGCAGGAUCCUAAGAGACCACAAGAUACAGAGGGAGGACCUGUGGGUAAGGGAAGGCAAGAUUCUUGAUCCGGAAAAGCUGUUCUUUGAUGAGAAAGGGUUUGCAGACGUGAGAAUUGACUGUGAAAACAGAAUCAUAGCCCCAGGGUUCAUAGAUGUACAGAUUAAUGGUGGAUAUGGUGUGGACUUCUCCCUGGCCAGUGGUGACAUCAGUGGCGGUGUGGCCUUGGUGGCCAAAAAGAUUCUUGAACACGGCGUCACCUCCUUCUGUCCCACCCUUGUUACCUCACCUUCAUCUGUGUACAGCCAGGUUCUUCCCCAGAUCGAAGUUCAGAAUGGAGGUCUCUCUGGAGCAGGAGUAAUUGGUGUGCACCUUGAGGGCCCCUUUAUCAGUGAAGAGAAGAGAGGUGCACACCCGCCAAAAUUCCUGCGCUCCUUUGAAGCAGGGGUAACUGAUCUGCUGGAGAUCUAUGGCAAGUUAGAUAACGUGGCGAUGGUGACACUGGCACCUGAGCUAGCCAACAGUGGGCCGGUGAUCCAGGAGCUGGUGCGCAGGGGCAUUACUGUGUCUGUGGGCCACUCUAUGGCUGACUUAUCUCAGGCUGAAGAAGCUGUGAUUCAGGGGGCUUCCUUCAUUACUCACCUCUUCAAUGCUAUGUUGCCUUUUCACCAUCGGGACCCAGGCAUUGUGGGAUUGUUGACUAGUGACAAGGUGCCUCCGGGACGGAGGGUUUUCUAUGGAAUGAUUGCUGAUGGAAUACACACACACCCCGCAGCACUGCGUAUUGCACACCGAGCACAUCCAACAGGGCUGGUGUUGGUCACUGAUGCUGUUCCAGCGAUGGGUCUUCCUGCUGGUCGCCAUACUCUUGGCCAGCAACAGAUCGACAUCCAGGGUCUUCAUGCCUAUGUGGCAGGGACCAAAACACUGUGUGGUAGUAUAGCUACAAUGAACAUGUGUGUGAGACAUUUCAGACAAGCAACAGGCUGCUCGGUGGAGGCUGCCCUGGAGGCUGCUUCUCUCCGACCUGCAGAGUCGUUAGGGCUGGACCAUCGCAAGGGAACACUGAACUUCAACACUGAUGCAGAUUUUGUUGUGUUGGACGAUGCAUUGACGGUCCAGGAGACCUAUAUUGCAGGCCAGCAGGUCUGGAAGAAAUGAAUUGAAAGGGAAUGUCCAGCAACACUACAGCAGGCCUUCUGCUGUUAUAUAAUUGAGCAGUUUAGGCAAACUCACCAGGGAGCUCACCUCAACCUAAUAUUUACAAACACAACACACACAGGGGUUACACGAUAAAGCUAGCAAGAUUAGUGGUUAUGUUGUUUAAAAAAAAAAGAGAUAUGGUCCAAUUCGGAAAACAGAGGUGAACAUUCAUGGCGAACAUGUUUUUUUGUUUUUUGUACAAAAAAACAUGUGUAAACAUUUCAGAUUGUUUGAAAUGUUACUGUUAACAAAACAGGUGAGCAACAAUGCAAUCACCACUAAAAUUGGCCUGUUUGUUGAAUUUGAAUACACCUCUGGCUUUAGGCUAAUCACACCUCUAAUCUUGUUCUUUGUUGUAUACCCCUCAAAUGUGUGCGUGCGUGUGAUUGAUAUAUCAUUAUGCUGAGGGACAUCUCUCGGACAUCCAAGUCUAUGCAAUGAGGGCAUUUCUAAUCUAUGUUCACAUUCUGGUGACUGAUAUUGCCUUUAGUAGCAAUCUUUGUUAACUAAGGAGGUGAGUCAGGUUGAAUGAAGCAUAAACCACCUACCCAUCCUAAUGCUGACUAGGCUGCUAAACGUCCCACUCAAAGUACAGCCAAUUUGUAUUUCAGAGCCAGUGCCCUUUCAAGUAAAUGAGAUGGUGGUCUUUCAUUUCCACAUAAAUCCAUAUGCUGUAAGGUGAUCUACAGGCAUGGAGUUUUUAUGCUCAUUCUUUGUCAAUGUGACAUUUAUGCAAUUCAGUAUAUGUGUAUCAUAGUUGUUUUAUGAUUUUCAUAUAAAACCUUGACCACAUA